AUGAAUCGUCUGCGCGGAUCCCGCGCUCAAACAACCUACCAGCUCGUCGUCGAAGAGCCCAACGCUGACCCUCGUUUGCCUCCCCUCCCCCCAUCCACUAUCCUACUCAUCGGCGCAGGCGAGGACAACUCGUUCACCGCCGGCUGCGACCCUGAGCCCUUCCGCAUGCCAAUCGAAGCCGAAUACUCGAUGAACAAAGACGGAGAGCCGCAGUGCAAGAAACACAAGAAGGCUAAUUGCGGGUCGUGCUUUACGUUCAAGAAGCAAAUCUUGAAGCUUACCAAAGAAGGCCAGAAGCGCGCCAAGACGGACGCGAGGAACAACCCCGUCUCAAACUUGCUCGUCUGA